CACGUUGCUGUGUUGUGAACUGACUGUUUUUACAUUAAUGUCAUUAACUGGCUUUGCUGUGAAACGGGAAUCGCUCACAUUGAACUCACCGAUCCAUAAAUAAGAAUCGUGACAGAGCGAGGGAGCGUUGACGCUGAAAUCUGACAGAGUUGUAAUUUAGUGUUGAUGUGAUUCUGCUGCAGAUGCAGAGGGAAGACCGGCCGGGUCUGACCGCGCUGCUCAGAGUGAUGAUGGUGAUGAUGAUGAUGAUGAUGAUGAUGAUGGUGCUGGUGGAGGUUGUUUGAUUUCAGUUAAUGGGAAACGGUUCAGGCCUUUAAUUGGUUUGGUUGAAAAGAGAAAGUUUGAAAGGAAGUUAAAGUUGAUUUAUCCUCUGUUUCAGUUGGACCAGUCUCUGACUUCUCCUCACAAGGGAAUGAGAUCUCAGUCACUGGACAUAGAAAACAUCGACUCUGGGAGGUACCGGAUGACGUCAAUAGAGUCUCUGGAAAUCCCGGAGUGCACUCCUGUCGCCAAGGACACCAGACACGGCCAAUGGCUGCGCAGGAGGCGUCUGGACGGCGCCCUGAACCGAGUCCCCGUCGGGUUCUACCAGAAAGUCUGGAAGAUCCUGCAGAAGUGCCACGGUCUCUCCAUCGAGGGGUUUGUUCUUCCUUCUUCUACCACCAGAGAGAUGACGCCUGGUGAGAUCAAGUUCUCCGUCCACGUGGAGACGGUUUUGAACCGCGUCCCUCAGCCUGAGUACCGGCAGCUGCUGGUGGAGGCCAUCUUGGUCCUCACCAUGCUGGCUGACGUGGAGAUCCAGAGCAUCGGCUCCAUCAUCCACAUCGAGAAGAUCGUCCACCUCGCCAACGACAUGUUCUACAAGGAUCAGAUGGACCUCGGAGCAGAGGAGCACAUCCUGGACAAGGACCCGGCCACCGGGGUGUGCAGGCUGCUGUACGACAGCGCCCCCAGUGGUCGCUUCGGGAGCAUGACCUACCUCACCAAGGCCGUGGCGGAGUACGUGCAGGACCUGCUGCCCAGCGGGUCGUGUGCCGUGCAGUGAUCCGACGACCGGCGUGAAACGUAAAACGUUUUCUACCUUGAAGAAACGAUAGAGAAUGUGUCGACACGAACGCGUGAAGCUGAAGCUCUGAGACGGUUUACGUCCCGCUCUCAGUAUUUUGUGCUAAGCUAACUGCUAACUAGCUGUAGCUUCAUGUGAACUGCACAUCGAUGUUUUUCAUUUAACUCAACAAAGAACUUAUUUCACUCAAAAAAAACGAAUCAUCGUGUGUUUAACCACUGUUAAUUCUUCACACCGAUGCUAAUCUGUUAGCACUAAUGCUACGACUGUUGGAGGAAGAAGGUGAAUGCUCCACCUCCCUGGUCUCAUGUCACUUUACCUCAAAUCCUACAUGCUGUAAAAAAAAA